AUGUCGACAUCUCGUGUCUUUACUUCCUCCCUGCGUACCGCCGCUAAACGAGCUACUGCGUCUACGCCAGCUCAGCGGCAGUCCGUACUACGAUCGGCUGCGAGGAGAGGAUAUUCAUCAAGUGGUCAUGCCGGAAGCGUGGGCGCGGAAAAGUCCAGUGAUAUGCCUUGGCUCAUCGGCUCCGUCGUCUUCACCAUCCCAGCCUUAGCAUGGCUUCUCUCCUCUAGCCCCUCCAAAAAGACCUCCGAGCACACCCACGGCGGCGCCCCAGUCCCCGACGAGGAAAAAGCUCCCGCCGUAGAAUCCGGCGAAGACUCCUCUUCAUCUUCCACUCCCGCCUCCACACCGCCCUCAUCCGACGACGGAUCCGACUCCGACUCCGACUCCGACAGCGACGAAAACCCUCCCACAAACCAACUCCCCAAAAAGGGCAACCCCAAAGCUGCCUUCGGCAGCAGCCAGACCGGCCGCCAAGUCCCGCCUACGAGCGCGGACAACAGCGACAUGGCGACGAACUACGAGGAGAAGAAGGGCGCGCAGGAGGAGUACAAAGAGAUGAUCCGGAAAAAGGACACGCGCGUCGCGAGCAGCUCGUCCGACAUCCCGUCCAAGAAGGGCGCCGCCGAGCACCCCCGCGAGGACCCGCAGAAGGGCGAGGGGGAGGGCGUGCAGAAGGGUGGGCCGGCUUAA